AUGGAUACAUCGUUACUCUCAACUGGAGAAAUUAUACACGCUGCCAUGGCGAUUGAUAGUGGAAACAAGGCGCUGUCCAUUGUGGAUGCCCCCAUUUCAGCUCUCGCAUCAGCUCUUGCCGAGGGCCACAUCAACAGUGUCGAGUUGACAGUCAGGCACCUCCUCAGAAUCGCCAAAUAUGAUCGUCGCACUAUCCACCUCAAUGCCGUCCCCAUCAUCAACCAACAUGUCUUUGAUGCUGCUCAAGCGUCAGACCAGCGUCGCGCCUCAGGUGAAACGCUAGGGCCUCUCGAUGGAAUCCCAGGUACUAUCAAGGACUCAUACAAGAUGAAAGGCAUGACAGUAGCAGCUGGUUCUCCUGCUUUUAAAGACCUCAUCGCGAAUGAAGAUGCCUUUACUGUUCAUAAACUCAAAGAGGCCGGUGCUGUUCUCUUGGGACGAACUAAUAUGCCUCCUAUGGCUGCUGGGGGUAUGCAGCGUGGUGUCUAUGGUCGUGCAGAGUCUCCUUAUAACGAAGCAUAUCUCACGGCAGCUUUUGCAUCAGGGUCUUCCAACGGUUCCGCUACUGCAACUGCAGCUAGCUUCGGUGCCUUUGGGAUGGGCGAGGAGACCAUCUCGUCUGGCCGUUCGCCUGCUUCUAACAAUGGGCUUGUGGCAUACACUCCUUCCAGAGGCCUGAUCUCGAUUCGCGGUAACUGGCCUUUAUUUGCAACAUGCGACACAGUCGUUCCUCAUACCCGAACAGUUGACGAUAUGUUCACACUCUUGGACGUUAUCGUGGCAAAGGACUCCAAGACGUCCUGUGACUUUUGGCGCGAGCAGCCUUUUGUCAAACUACCAGAUGUUGACACCAUUCGACCAAAGACUUUCUUCGACCUGUGCGAUACCAACGCACUCCAGGGCAAGACGAUCGGUGUACCAAAAAUGUACAUUGGAGGAGUGGACUCUGACCCAACCGCUAGAAAGGUCCACACUCGCCAGUCUGUCAUUGAUCUUUGGAAUCAAGCUCGCAAGAUCCUUGAGGGCCUUGGCGCCACUGUUGUGGAGACGGACUUUCCUCUUGUGACUAAGUUUGAGAAACCUGAGGCUUCUGACAUUGUCUCUGAGACUCCUCCUCAUCGCAACGAGAUUGACAUAUGUCAGCUCAUGGCAUAUACUUGGGAUGAUUUCCUGGCGUCAAACAAAGACGAGGAGGUUGCCUCAACACUUGCACAAGUGGAAUCAUCCACUAUCUUCCCUCAUCCGCCUGGGUGUCUGCAGGACAGAUAUGACUCGAAUGAUCCUCUUGUGCGACACAACGCUGUGUUCGGUAUCCCGACUGUUAGUGUGCCUAUGGGAGUUAUGGCUGAUAUUGGAAUGCCUGUCAACCUCACUUUUGCUUCCAAGGCGUACGAUGACAACAAUUUGUUUCGGUAUGCUUAUGCUUUUGAGAAGCACAGUCAGUUGCGUCAACCGCCGUCGCGUACGCCGGAGCUAGAGACAGACACCAUCUCACGGCAGCCAAUCGUAGCACAGAUUGGUCUGAAAGCACCUCAAUUGGAGAUUGAUACAUCAGUUUCAAUCGUCAAGGGAGAGAAAGUGAUUGAGAUAACAGGUAGGAUUGAUGAGCAGGAAGUGUCUGAGCUGCACGUCUAUGUGGAUGGUGAAGAGAUGAAGGAUGUCAAGAUUGACGAUGGAAAAUGGCAGGUAAAGUCCAAGUUGAACGAAGUAACUAGUGACAGGCCAGAAGAGAUCAGUGUGCCGAGUUUCGAGUCUGGAAUGGUUAUUGUUGUAGCUACGGGCAAGAAUGGAAGGUCAACUGCCAAGAUGGCAUUCGUUUAG